AUGGACGUCUCGCCGUCGGCCGCCUCGCCGUCGGCCGCUUUGCCGUCGGCCGCCUCGUCGUCGGCAUCUCGCCGUCAGCUUUCAGCGUGUCCACGUCACGGUUUGUCGUACCUCCGCUUUCAGCGUUUCCACGUCACGGUUUGUCGUACCUCCGCUUUCAGCGUUUCCACGUCACGGUUUGUCGUACCUCCGGGUUUAACUAGGCCGGCCGCCUCGCCGUCGGCCGCCUCGCCGUCGGCCGCCUGGCCGUCCGCCGCCUCGCCGUCGGCCGCCUCGCCGUCGGCCGCCUCGCCGUCGGCCGCCUCGCCGUCGGCCGCCUCGCCGUCGGCCGCCUCGCCGUCGGCCGCCUCGCCGUCGGCAUCUCGCCGUCAGCUUUCAGUGUUUCCACGUCACGGUUUGUCGUACCUCCGUGGCACCGAGCGGGCGUUGCUGAUGAUGGGCCCGGCUGAGGUGGGUGCACUGCUGGGUGCAAUUCCUCCGCACCCAGCUGCACCCAGCCGGGCGCCGCCGCUGCUGGCCAGUUGGCUAGCGGCGGCGGCAACGUUGGCGGCGGCAUAUAGACGCAUCAUCAUCAUGAUCAUCAUCAUCAUCGUCAUCGUCAUCAUCAUCAUCAUCAUCAUCAUCAGUUGCCGCCAUUCCAAGGCUUAA